UGUAGCGUACCUCCUGUCCCCCGGGAAAACAGUCACCCCUGCCCCUGGAGAGUGGUUCAGAACGAGGCAGGAGCUCCAGAAUGCCUCCAUCGCAACGUCAUCGAGUUCACCGUUUCAGACUAUGCGGGCAGCGUUUCACUCAUCGAUCACUUCACCCACUUCGAACUUCAUGUGCGAACUCACCCAACCGAAGCGUCCGAGCUGUGGAAACUGGUGCACGAUGCAGUGUUUGCAGGUCUCAAGAAAGCCGAGAAGACCAUCGGCUACACAGACAACACUCCGGUCCCAGCCAUCGUAUGCCCGCCCACCCCACCCAGCUAAACCCCAUCCAGCAACGUGAAGAAAAGAGUUUGGAAAUGCUCAAAAGACUCUCGAAAGUUUGGGGACUUUGCUGAAGACUCCAUUCCAUGGAUGACCAUCUGCAGGACUCAAACUCCUGUACCCUCUCCCUCCUCUUCAUCUUCUGCAGCUUCCCCAACCUCCCAGCCUCCCCUCUCCAUCUCCACUCCUCCUUCCUCCUCUACCAAUACCACCACUACUACUGCUGUCGAGUCACCCACUGUCUCAUCUAU